AUGUUUCCGUGGAACAUCGCGAAGUCGGCAGAGGCGAUGUUCUCGCGGUGGGCCGUGAAGAGAGUGUGCAAGUUCUUGUUGAAGAAGAAGUUAGGGCAGUUCAUACUGGGGGAUAUUGAUGCCGACCAGCUCGAUGUCCAGCUCUCCGAGGGCACUAUUCAGCUCAGCGACCUUGCGCUUAACGUUGAUUUUCUUAAUCAGAAGUUUGGCGCAGCAGCAUCAGUGAUAAUAAAAGAAGGAUCUAUUGGGUCCCUAUUAGUUAGAAUGCCUUGGAAGGGCAAAGGAUGUGAGGUUGAAGUGGAUGAACUUGAGCUUGUGCUAAUUCCCUGUGCAGAGAACAAGUCACAAGGUAGUGCUGAAAGUUGUAACCUUGAUAAGGAUGGUAACCCAGUGAAGCUAGAUAGUGACAUGGGGGAAAAUACCGCAAAAUCUUCUUCCAGGGAUGUGCAUGAAGGUGUUAAAACAAUUGCAAAGAUGGUAAAGUGGUUUCUAACGAGCUUCCAUGUAACGAUAAAAAGGUUGAUUGUUGCAUUUGAUCCUUGUAUAGAAAUGGAUGGAAAGACAUCGGGGUGUCGCUCAACCUUGGUGCUUCGAAUUUCAGAAACAGAAUGCGGAACAUGUGUUUCUGAAGAUGAUACUCAAAAUGCUGAUGCAAGAAUUGAGAACUUUCUCGGGAUUAGUCAACUAACAAACUUUGUCAAGUUUCAAGGAGCAGCACUUGAAUUGCUCCAAAUGGAUGAUGUUGAUAAUCAAACAUGCAUUCCAUGCGAGACAGAAAGCACAUUUUUUUCAGGGUGCCGUCCACCAUGUGCUACCACGCCGAUAUUGAUUGGGAAAAGAGGUGGAUUUUCAGGGAAUUUAAAAUUAAGUAUACCUUGGAAGAAUGGGUCUUUAGACAUUCGUAAAGUGGACGCGGAUGUUUCUAUUGAACCUGUAGAAUUAAGAUUUCAACCCAGCACAAUUAAAUGGCUUUUGCUUGCUUGGGAAAAAUAUAAAAAUCUGGAAAAGGACGGGAGUAGUCUUAAGUCAGCAGAUUCUGUUUUCCUUGAUUCAGCAUCUCACUGCAUUUCACCAAGGUCCGUUUUUUCUGCAGCAGAUAAGGUGAUGCCAAUUUGUGGUAGUUUUCCCACAGAAUCCUCUUCUUUGACACUGCAAGAUUCAAUGACUGAAGGUCUUCUACCUGGGUCACAUCUUAUAUCAGAUUGGGUACCCUUUUUACUCCAUAAAAAUAAAGAGGAUGCCAUUGAAGAACUUGAUUUUGGUGCAAGUGUGGACCAGUUUUUUGAAUGUUUUGAUGGAAUUAGAAGUUCUCAAUCAGCUUUAGGGAGCAGUGGGGCGUGGAACUGGACGUGUUCUGUUUUCACUGCUAUCACAGCUGCAUCCAGCCUUGCUUCUGGAUCUUUGCAUAUUCCCUCUGGCAAGAGCAGAAUGCCGAGACAUCCUUCUUGUUACGCAGGUCAACAGGUAUGCCCCCAAGAAAUAAGGUUUCAAGGAACAAUGGAGUACAUUGAGGUUGCUAAUUACUCAAGUUACAAAGAUGAUACCUUUGAGUUUGGCUUUCAAGGGUGUAAUAACAAUAUUAACAGCCAAACUCUUUCGGUUCUACAUCUUCAAGCUGAUGUUCAAAAUGCUCUUCCUCUGUAUGUCUCAUCUUCUGAAGAUUUGGAUGAAUCAAAUGCUUUAGCUGCUGAAGAUUUUCCGUUUGGGUAUAAGGAUGGUGUAGUCAGAACUACAUUGCUUAAAACUUCAGGUGUUACGCACUGCCAAUUUAAUGUGGGUUCUAGUUCAUCAAAUGGGAGUUUAUCUGGGACAACAUCAUUUUCACUGAAACUGCCACAUUUUGUUUUCUGGGUGGACUUCUCUUUGCUAAAUGUGCUAUUUGAACUGGUGAAGGAAUUGGAAAAGCCUGUCGAAAUGAAUAACAAACAGGCUGAGGUUCCUUCUGAGGCCUCCAAUAAGAACCAUGGUUCAUCUCAUGGGAAUCUUAGAAGAUCUUCUAGCUGUGUUACGACCUUGUCUUCAACAGAAAGCCUGCGAGGUGAUAUAUUGAUCCCUAGUGCGAGGAUAAUUCUGUGUUUUCGUGCUAAAGGGGGUGAAGAUGUUAGAGGCUUCUCUUCCUGGGAUCAGUUUAUUGCUCUUGAAUUUUCUUCACCAUCAACUUUUAACAAAGGUAUAAUCCAAGAGCACGGUCCAACUUCAGAUGCAAGGUCAGAUAAAAGGUUUUCUUCAACAGCCACGCGUUCUUUACAUUUGAAUGUUGGUAAUCUUGAUGUUUUCCUCGUCAGUCCUGCAAGUAAGGAUAAUGCUGGAAUAAGAUCUGGGAACAUGCAGAGGCAAAAAUUUACCGCACAGAAUAUAAUGUCCGUGACUGACAGAACAGGCCGUCUUUCUGUCAUUAGUAUGCUUUGGCAGGAGGGUUAUGUGACUGGUCCUUGGAUAGCAAAGAAAGCCAAGAACUUAGCUACUUUUGAGGAAUCAAGGAGCAUUUCUAAAUUUGUCGGACAAGAUCAUGAGUUUGCUUCUGUGUCUACUGUGAAAGAUCUACAAGAUUUAAACUCCCACACUCGAGAGGAGAUUAUUUUGAGCUCCGCUUUUUCCCUGCAUGCUUGUCUACCUUCUGUUUCAAUAAGUCUAGGCAAUACUCAAUAUAAGGGGUUAUAUAGUCUUUUAGAUCAGAUGAUAAAUGAGUUAAAUGUGGCUUGUGGUUCAGUCAAUGUUAAGGAAAAAUCUUCUGUGUCUCAGACAUCUAUCCUUGUGGGCUGUGAUUCUGUAGAAAUUUUGAUUAGCCUAGAUGCAAAGGAGAUUGUCAAAAGCUCGAUGCAGAGUGAACUUCCUGGCGCGUGGCAUCAGCUAAAACUGAAAGUUCAGAAACUAGAAAUGCUCUCUGUCUCAAAUAUUGGAGGUAUAACAGGUGCCAAUUUUUUCUGGCUGGCCCAUGGGGAAGGCAAAUUGUGGGGUUCUAUCACUGGUAUUCCUGAUCAGGAGUUUCUUCUAAUCGCAUGUAGCAACUCAACAAUGAAGCGUGGUGAUGGAGGGGGUUCUAAUGCGUUAUCCUCUAGGCUGGCUGGUUCUGAUAUUGUACAUCUGUGGGAUCCCAAGACUUUUCAGGGUUCUACAUCUAUAACUGUCCGAUGUGCCACAAUUGUUGCAGUAGGCGGUCGCUUGGAUUGGACUGAGGCAAUAUGCUCCUUUUUCGUUAUUCCUCCUGAAAUUAAGCAAGCAGUGGACAUCGAAAAGGGCGACGUUAAUUCACCUCAUGGAUCGUCUUUUGUUCUUAACUUGGUUGAUGUUGGAUUAAGUUAUGAGCCCUACCUAAAGAAUGCGAUGGUCAGGACUGAAGCUUUAGAUUCGGAGCCUAUUUUUUCAUAUGUCAAAGAAGACGAGGAAUAUGUUUCUUGUCUUUUGGCUGCGUCUUCCUUAAAUCUUUCAAAUUCAACCACGGAAGAUUCAAUGGAAAGUGAAUACAGAAUUAGAGUGCAAGAUCUUGGGCUUCUUCUCCGUGUAAUGGCAAAGCCUGAGGAUGUUGGUGGCAUUUAUAGUGUAGAACAUCUUCACAAGAUUGGGUAUGUGAAAGUUGCCAGAGAGGCACUUGUUGAAGCAACGUUGAAAACUAAUUGUAAUAAUGGCCUUCUCUGGGAGGUAGAAUGUUCAAAAUCUCAUGUUUAUGUGGAAACAUGCUAUGACACCAUGUCUAGUCUGUUUCGUUUGGCUGCCCAACUUCAAAAGUUAUUUGCCCCUGACAUGGAGGAAUCAGUCGUGCAUUUGCAGACUAGAUGGAAUAAAGUACAGCAGGAGCAAGAGAGCAGAGGUUUCAAUGAUGAGGCAAGUAACUCUGGCAGCAAUUCUUUAUUGCCAAAUUCACAAGUGCACACUUUUGGUGCAGUUACAGAGAGUGAAACUCGGUCGGUUGGGUUAAUGGAUGAGAUAUGUGAUGAUGCAUUUCACUUAGAUAAGGAUCAGACCUGUCAAUAUGAUACUUCUGAGUCACAAAUUUGUAUUUCGUUUGAUCAAGACCUUGGAGAGGCCCGUUACUCAAGUAUCGAAACUCCUGAAAUUUUCUCUCCUGGUCCAUCUUUUGAUGGGUCAAUGCCUGUAGCGGAAUUAGAAAGUAAUCAAACAUCAUUUCUACAAGAAGGUAAUGUUCUGGAGUUAAUAGAAGGGUAUUGUUUAUCUGAGUUACGACCUCUCUCGGAAUUGUCUGCCAACAGACAAUCACCACAUGAGAUUCUGAAAUGCAAGACCAGGAAUGUCAUUAACAGAGAUGUUGGAGCAGAAAAUAAUGGAUGGUAUGGUACAUCCGUAAGAAUUCUAGAAAACCACAUUUCUGAAGCGAGUGAAAGUAGUAUGAAAGAACCUGUUGAAGACAAGCUUCCUUCUAUAGAAGGUACAAAAUGCAAUGAUUUUGGAAAGGCCAUUGGUUGUGUACUUCUUAAGAACAUUGAUGUUAGGUGGAGAAUGCUUUCUGGGUCUGAUUGGCACGAUUCUAGAGCAACUGAUCAGCGAUCAGUGGAUUGUAGUGGAAGGGAUGCUACUGUUUGUUUAGAGUUUGCACUGUCUGGGAUGGAAUUUCAAUAUGAUGUUUUCCCUGCUGGUGGAAUAAGUGUAUCUAAGCUUUCUCUUUCAGUUCAAGAUUUUUAUCUAUAUGACCGGAGCAAAGAUGCUCCUUGGAAACUGGUACUCGGAUAUUAUCAUUCAAAGGAUCGUCCUCGGAAAUCAUCUUCAAAAGCAUUCAAGCUGGACUUAGAAUCUGUCAGACCGGAUCCUUUAACCCCUCUUGAAGAGUACCGGUUGCGUGUCGCACUCCUUCCCAUGCUAUUGCACCUUCAUCAGUGCCAACUUGAUUUUCUCAUCAGUUUUUUUGGGGCAAAGAGCUCUUCAAUCGACCAGUCUCCAGGGUGUCGUCAAGAGUCAGAUGGUUCAAAAUUCUUGCCAGCCAAAAGUAAUAAUCUUGCAGGGCCUACCAUUGAAGAGGAGGCAUUUCUUCCCUACUUUCAGAAGUUUGAUAUAUGGCCUAUUCUUGUUCGGGUUGACUACAGUCCCAGCCGUGUUGAUCUGGCAGCAUUAAGAGGCGGGAAGUAUGUAGAACUUGUAAAUCUUGUCCCAUGGAAGGGGGUUGAGCUACAGCUUAAGCAUGUUCAUGCAGUUGGUAUUUAUGGUUGGGGUAGUGUAUGUGAGACAAUUGUAGGGGAGUGGCUAGAAGAUAUUUCUCAGAAUCAGAUUCACAAAAUAUUGCGAGGUCUUCCUACAAUUAGGUCAUUGGUAGCAGUUGGUGCUGGUGCUGCAAAGUUGGUUUCUUUGCCCAUUGAGAGUUAUAGGAAGGACAAAAGAGUACUUAAGGGAAUGCAAAGAGGAACAAUUGCAUUUCUUAGAAGUAUUUCUCUUGAAGCUGUUGGACUUGGAGUACAUUUGGCCGCUGGGGCUCAUGACAUUUUACUCCAAGCAGAAUAUUUACUUACAGGAAUUCCUUCUUCUGCACCAUGGUCGGUACCACAUAAAAUGAAAACCAAUGUCAGAUCUAAUCAGCCUAAAGAUGCUCAACAAGGAAUUCAUCAGGCUUAUGAAAGCCUCAGUGAUGGCCUGGGGAAAUCUGCCUCUGCUUUGGUCCGGACUCCCCUAAAAAAAUACCAACGUGGGGCUGGUGCAGGAUCAGCUUUGGCAACUGCUGUUCGGGCAGUUCCUGCAGCUGCUAUAGCUCCGGCUUCGGCUUGUGCUAGUGCUGUACAUUGUGCUCUUCUUGGCUUCAGAAAUAGCCUCGAUCCUGAGCGCAAGAAAGAGUCCAUGGAGAAAUAUCUGGGCCCCCCUCAGCCAUGGGAACAAAACUGA